AUAAGUGACGCAUUUCCUGUGCGACGGUCGUAGCGCUGUUGUAACGUUUGUUUGCGAAUGAACGUUGUUGUAGUUUCUCAUUUAAGCGUUUAGUUUUUGUUAUUUAUUAUUAUAUUUUACAUACAUCCGAGAGAAUAGCGACAGCUUUAAGAGAUGUCUUUAGCAGAUGAGCUCUUGGCUGAUUUGGAGGAAGCUGGAGAGGAAGGAGAGGACGGACUGUACCCGGUUGGGGAAGAAGACCAGAUUGUUGGAGAAACUGUAAACAGAGUGGGACAUGGAGGACUGGAGGACAUUCCAGAGGAGAUGGAGACGGACUUCAGCAGUACGGAGUGUGUGACCUCUAUAGCAAAACUGCGCAACAGUAAAUCAUUUGCUGAGAUCAUGGAUAAGAUUGCGCAGUACGUCGGGAAUCCACGCAAAAACACAGACGUUUCCGGGCCGGUGGAGGCCGAUCCUGAGUAUCGUCUCAUCGUCGCCGCUAACAACCUGACGGUGGAGAUUGAUAACGAACUGAAUAUUAUUCAUAAGUUUGUGCGUGAUAAAUACUCGAAGAGAUUCCCGGAGCUGGAGUCGCUGGUGCCGAACACGCUGGAUUACAUAAGGACUGUCAAGGAGCUGGGGAACAACCUGGACAAGUGUAAGAACAAUGAAACGCUACAGCAGAUUCUGACCAACGCCACCAUCAUGGUGGUCAGUGUUACCGCCUCCACCACACAGGGUACGCUCCUGGCAGAGGACGAGCUGCAGCGACUGGAGGAGGCGUGCGACAUGGCGCUCGAGCUCAACCAAUCGAAACACAGGAUCUACGAAUACGUCGAGUCGAGGAUGUCCUUCAUCGCUCCUAAUCUGUCGAUCAUCGUCGGCGCCUCGACAGCUGCUAAGAUCAUGGGAAUCGCUGGCGGCCUGACGAAUCUGUCAAAGAUGCCGGCGUGUAACUUAAUGCUGCUGGGAGCGCAGAGGAGAACGCUGUCCGGAUUCAGCAGCACGUCACUGCUCCCUCACACAGGCUACAUCUACCACUGUGACGUGGUGCAGUCCCUCCCUCCGGAUCUGAGGAGGAAGGCGGCACGUCAAGUCUCCGCCAAGUGCGCGCUUGCGGCCCGUGUGGACAGUUUUCACGAGAGUACAGAUGGCAAGGUCGGUUAUGAACUGAAGGAGGAGAUUGAGCGUAAAUUUGAUAAAUGGCAGGAGCCGCCGCCCGUCAAACAGGUGAAGCCCCUCCCCGCCCCGCUCGAUGCUUCAAGGACGAAGAGAGGAGGCAGGAGGUAUCGUAAGAUGAAGGAGCGUUUGGGACUCACAGAGAUCAGAAAACACGCGAACAGAAUGACCUUCGCUGAGAUCGAAGAUGACGCGUAUCAGGAGGAUCUGGGCUUCAGCUUGGGGCAGCUGGGUAAAUCGGGCAGCGGCAGGGUGAGACAGGCGCAGGUCAACGACGCCACCAAAGCUCGCAUCUCCAAAUCCCUGCAGCGGACGUUGCAGAAGCAGAGCAUGACGUACGGAGGGAAGUCCACCGUCAGAGACCGAUCUUCAGGAACGAGCUCCAGUGUGGCAUUCACUCCAUUACAGGGUUUGGAGAUCGUCAAUCCGCAGGCUGCAGAGAAGAAGGUGGCCGAAGCCAACCAGAAAUAUUUCUCCAACAUGGCCGAGUUCCUCAAGGUCAAGAAAGAAGGAGAAGCCAAAGCGUGAGACUGAAACGCAUGUGCAUUUCAGCAUGAAACACACACACUCGCUCACUCUGGAUAAAGACUUUUCCUAUACAUGUGUGUGAGAUCCAUACUUGCAUCACUUUGAUUUUUUUUUUAAUUUUUUUUUU